AUGGAUCCAUUCCAUGCGAAAUUGCAACAGGAUAGCAGCACCAUGACUUCUCCUCGCGAACUUCUAUCCGAAGACCUUGAGUAUUGUAAAGUUGCUCAAUCACUGAAAGAUAUACUUCAGAACGGUGAUCGCCUCCGCAGUACAACGUCUAUUGGAAAAGUGCUAGACAGGCUCAAGUCCUCGUCAGAUGCAACUCAAUUUCAGGAUACGCUCAAUCAAGCUUUGCAGUACGCCGUGCUGAAGUUUCCCAAUGAGCUUGGUACAAUCAAGUAUCUGAUCAAACUCGGCGCGAACCCAGGGCAUUCCUUUUGCGAUGUCAUUAAGUUCAAACGAGCUACCUGGAGAUAUUUUCGUCCCAACUCUGAAGAUUACGAAGAGACCCAUCACUGGGACAAAGGGCCCGCCGAUGAAAGUGACUCUGAUGAUGAACACAACUCUAACGAUGGGAGCAGCUCAACUAAUAAAAGAAAGAAAAUUUAUGAAAGGAAUAAGAAAGACUGUUACACUCUCUAUGAAAAAUAUGACAGACAGCAAGGAAAAGUUCCCUAUAUGAGCGAAAACACGACAGCUAUCGACAUUGCCGCCUUUGUGGGUGAUGUGGAAUACACGAAAGAACUUCAAAAGGCUGCCUUGGAGCGAGAGCAAGAAGAUUCCAAGGAAACUAGAAGCAAUCCCUUAGUAAUCGCGGCCUGGCUAGGAAAUAUUGAAGUCGUAAAAGUGCUUCUACAGCAAGAAGAGGAAGAAAAGCAAAUCACCUAUUACAGCAUGGACAUGACGCCUGUCUAUGCGGCUGCAACACGAGGUCAUCACGAGAUACUGAAAAUUUUGCUCGCGGGGAAAGAACAGAAGCGACACUGGAAAAUCUUUGUAACACCUUAUACUAAUCCAUCGGGUCCCGCUCUUUGUGCUGCUUCUCGACAUGGCCACAAGGACGUUGCCGAGCUUCUUCUUCAGAACGGUGCUUGUAUUAAUCCAGACUGUGAUCCAACGGAAACUCCUUUGUCAUAUGCCAUGAUGAAUGAGCAACUUGCGAUGAUGGACUUUUUGCUCGAUAACGGGGCUAUAUGGAAUCCUGACCUAUUGGUGUCAGAUGAGUCUGAUCUCAGCGACACAGCGUUGAAUCAUAUCAUAGACCGCCUAAAGAAGAAACCCACAGCGGAAUCCCUAUACGCCGCCUUUUGUGUUACGUGUGCUACCUCGAAUGCGAAUGCUACAUCUGCAGUCCAGAUAAUGCUGGAGGAUCAAGACGUCAUAUCGGGUUUACGAAGCGUAAACUUACAAGGCCCAGACUCUGGAUGUUCUAUGAAAGUAGGGCCUCUCAAUAUAGCUCUAAAACACAGCAAUAAAGAGCUUACUGAGGUGCUGCUAGACGCAAAGAUUCCGGCCAUUUGUCGAAGCGGUAUUCUUCAGACCUUGCUCGAGUCAGAAGUGAUGACCGAGGGUGGCGCGGACCAGGAAGCCUGGCAGAGAGCUGGUUUAGCUCACUGUGGCUCGAUAUCGGGAAAAUCGUCGAUCAUCGUGAACAGAGCCGAGGUGACUGUUGGAGUACCCGCCCUAGCUUUGUAA